CGAAUUCCAGGGAGGCGGGGCGGAGACGGCGGGCGGGCGGGUGCGGAGGCCUCAGCCGCGGGACCGGAUCGCUGUGGCUCGGGCGGCGCCUCCCUGCGGCGGCCCGGCCCCGCUCGGCCCCGCCGGGGCGAUGCUCCCCGAGGCCGCAGGAUGAGCGAGGUGAGCGCGGGGACCCCCAGCAACCCCUGCCUGGCGCGCACUCACGGGUACCUGGCAGCUGCGGCCUCCGUUCCCCGGGGCUGUGUGACCUUGGGCGGCCCCCGAACCCUCUCUGGGCCGAAGCCGAGAGGCCAGCGGGGGCUGUUAGAGGCCCUUCCGAGUCCCGGCUCCGCACGCACCCGGUCUGCGGUGCUGGGGAGGCUCCUCGGAGGAGGCGGGGCCUGGCUCCGGCACCCCCGGGGCUGCCCCUGGCUCUUGCGAUCCGCAGCGCGGCUCAGGUCGGCCUGGCUCUGCCACGCACUGCUCUGCGACCUUGAGCGAGCCCUUGCCCUCUCUGCUCCUCAGUUUCCUCAUCUGUAAAAUGGAGAUAAAAUCACUAACACUCAGCCCUGGGCAGGGGCAUUGCGGUUACUGUUACUGCUGUUAUGUCGUUGUUAUAAUGACACAGUCCUUAGGGAAGGGGAGCUGACGGAGUACCCGGGACUUUCGCAGAGGAGGUGGGCCGAGUACCAGCCCUGAGUGAUGGCCCUAACCAUUCCUGCGGUUGGGACCCGGAUUCCUGGACAGGUCCUGCCUGUCCACUGUGAGUCCACGCCUGUGGGCUGCAUCUCUAAGGCUCUGCUUUCCACUUACCAUGGGGGGCAAUAAGGAUGCAUGUGUGCCUGCCAGGGAGGGAGGAUUCAGCCAAGUCCCCCACCACCCCCCAGAGGGAAAUAGCAAACAUUUACAGAUACUAAGUCAUUCAUACAAAUUAUCUCAUUAGGUCCUGCCAGGAAGGUACUAUUAUUGUACCCAUUUCACAGACGAGGAAACUGAGGUACAGUGAAGUUUCUCACAGCCAGUACACAAAACCAGGCAUCUGGCCUGAGAUGACUGGCGAGUUGCAGGUGGUCAGCGGCUUAGUCUGUACUGAGUGCUUCCUGGGUCCUCACAGCAGUCCUGUGUCCCUGCCCACCCACAGUGACUCGGCUGGCCCGAGCAUGGCGGACCCCGUGGCGGGCAUCGCGGGUUCGGCAGCCAAGAGCGUGCGGCCGUUCCGCUCGAGUGAGGCCUACGUGGAGGCCAUGAAAGAGGACCUGGCCGAGUGGCUCAACGCCUUGUAUGGCCUGGGUCUGCCCAGCGGUGGUGAUGGCUUCCUGACGGGGCUGGCCACGGGCACCACCCUGUGCCAACAUGCCAAUGCUGUCACCAAGGCCGCCCGCGCUUUGGCCACUGCCCGUCCAGCCCGCGGGGUGGCCUUCCAGGCGCACAGUGUGGCGCCUGGCUCUUUCAUGGCCCGCGACAACGUGGCCACGUUCAUCGGCUGGUGCCGAACAGAGCUGGGCGUGCCUGAAGUGCUCAUGUUUGAGACGGAGGACCUGGUGCUGCGAAAGAACGAGAAAAGCGUGGUGCUGUGCCUGCUGGAGGUGGCGCGGCGUGGGGCCCGCCUCGGCCUGCUCGCCCCUCGCCUUGUGCAGUUUGAACAGGAGAUCGAGCGGGAGCUACGUGCUGCACCCCCGGCCCCCCAUGCCCCCACGGCCGAGGAGGAUGCCCCCGAAACUGCCACCCCAGAAGGGGCUCCCGCCCGCGGGCCCCGCAUGACACCCAGCGACCUGCGCAACCUCGACGAGCUGGUGAGGGAGAUCUUGGGCUACUGCACCUGCCCAGACCAGUUUCCCAUGAUCAAAGUCUCGGAGGGGAAGUACCGCGUGGGAGACUCCAGUCUCCUCAUCUUUGUGCGGGUGCUGAGAAGCCACGUGAUGGUGCGCGUGGGUGGCGGCUGGGACACUCUGGAGCACUAUCUGGACAAGCAUGACCCGUGCCGCUGCUCGUCCUCGGCCCACCGCCCGCCCCAGCCCAGGGCUCGCACCUUCUCCCCACAGAGGGUGUCGCCCACCCCCAGCCCUCGCGCUGGCAGCCCAGCCCCUGGGGGCGAGCGACGGAGCUCCCGGCCAGAAGUGACGCCCAUUAGCCUACGCACCUCAAAGGAGGGAACAGAGACCCCCCUCAGGGCCCGGGACCAGCUGCCCCCCCACCCCCGCUCCCGCCGCUACUCCGGGGACAGCGACUCCUCAGCAUCCUCAGCCCAGAGCGGCCCCCUUGGUGUCCGCGGUGAAGACUCAGGCACCGGCCCCCGCAGGGAGCGGCCCAGCCAGCGGCUGACCACAGGCACCCCGGCCUCCCCGAGACGGCCCCCCGCCCCGCGCAGCCAGUCCAGAGACCGACUGGAUCGGGGGCGGCCCCGUGGGGCCCCCGGAGGCAGGGCAGCCCAGCUGUCGGCCCCCAGCCCCGCCCGGCGGGCCCGGAGCCAGAGCCGCGACGAGCAGGCCACGCUGCUGGUGCGCAGGGACCGAGACGGGCAGCACUCGUGGGUGCCCCGGGGCAGGGCCAGCAGGGGCUCGGGCAGGAGCAGCCCCCAGACUGCCCGGGCUCGCAGCCCUGCGGCGCCCCGGCCUCUCCAGGUCUCCAGCCCCACCCCAGAGGCGGGCGCCACACCGGCCAGUGCCUUCCGCACCCCGCUACAGCUUGACCCGAAGCAGGAGCAGCAGCUGUUCCGGCGCUUGGAAGAGGAGUUCCUGGCCAAUGCCCGAGCCCUUGAGGCCGCUGCUGGCGGGAGCCCCGCAGGACCAGCCUCUGACCCAGCUCGGGCCCCAGACCCCUCAGCUCCUGACUCGGCCUACUGUUCCUCCAGCAGCUCCUCUUCAUCCCUCAGCGUCCUGGGUGGCAAGUGUGGCCAACCUGGGGACUCUGGCCGGAUGGCCAAUGGGCUGCCCGGGCCCCGAGGCCCAGUCCUGUCCAGCUCUUCUGAUGAAGGCAGCCCCUGCCCUGGUGUGGGGGGCCCACCAGACGCACCUGGAAGCCCCCCGGCUGGCCUGGAGCUCCCAAGGACCUGGGCACGGGGCCGGAUGGACACACAGCCAGACCGAAAACCCUCACGCAUCCCCACGCCUCGGGGCCCUCGACGUCCAUCUGGAUCCACAGAGCCUGGGUCCUGGCAUGCCCUGCACUCUGUGAGCCCAAGGGCAGAGCCGGAUUCCUGGAUGUGAUGAAACAGCCCAGUUGCCCCCUCCCCACCCCAGGCCCCACCCCAGGCCCACAUUCCUUCUCUUCCUUUUCCUUCGUGGCCUUAACCCCUCUGCAUCAGGGAGCCCCCCCACCCCUGUCUCUCGGGUACCAGACCUCAUGGGACCAGACCCCUUGGGACCACAUGGCACAAUGGGACCUCUGUCGUACAUUCCGGUUGGGGGAUGAGCGUUGCUAUUUAAUUACUAAUAUUAUUGAAUGCCUUAGAGGAGGCCAGUGAGGACCCCUCCUGAGGUCCUGUGGCCCUGCAGAGCCUGACAGUAAAGUAUUGUUCCAGCCA